AAGCACCCCAAACUAACACCUUGCAUGUUGCUGAACGAACAUGUGAGGUGAUGUGGGCAUGGAGUGAGGAACCUGUAGAGGUCACCAUUUCUCCACCGAGGCUUUCCUGCUCUGAGCCCGGAGCCUGCAGCUGCGGUCACUGUCUUCUGUUGAAACUGCAUCAUAGCUGGUGCUCCGAGAAAUAGAGAAUUGGGCAAAGUUCCUGUCCUGUGGAGCUUACAGUUGGAAAAAUCCUCUACAUGCAAACCAGGCUGGCAGAAUAGCAGUUGAUUCGCAGUGGGAGCCCGAAGAGUGAAGGGAGCACAACUAGGAAGACAUUUCAAAAGUGGCUGUAUGGUAUUUAGAGAUCUGGGUACCAGCUGCAGUGUGCGAAUAUUUGCAGAGGCUUCUGUUCAGCUAAGAAUGGGCUAUGGACUCAGGAUUGCAACAGGAUUGCAACAGCCCAGCCUAUCUAUCUGAGCUGCUGCACGUACCGUAAACAUGUCUCUGCACUUGAAUUUGAUAUGGGUGGUGAUAGAACAAUAUACCUUUCUGGGAAAUGGAUGCUUAAUCAAACGGUGGCUCUGAAUUAGACUUAAGUCUCCAGCGCAGCAGAUGAGAAUUGCAGUUGGUCUCAACCAGAUGAACCCAGGCACUCUUCAAUCUCUGAGUCCUCUAAUGAUCUUGCAAUAAUACUACUUUCCUUGUUCCAGAAACCUGGCCUGAGUUAGAAGGAAACCCUGUAACUGUCCCUUAAAAGUUGAAUUGCAUCAGUGUGGGUUUUAUUAAAAAUGAACAGUAAGAAGCAGGCUCCAGUAAAAUACUAUGUUGGAAUUGAUGUUGGGUCGGCAAGUGUUCGUGCGGCUUUGGUAGAUGAGUUUGGGAUAGUUGUGGCACAUGCAGACCAGCCAAUCCAAAUUUGGGAGCCCCAACCAGACCACUACGAGCAAUCCUCUGCUGACAUAUGGGCUGCUUGUUGCUUGGUCACAAAGAAAGUUGUCUGUGGAGUAGAUGCCAGCCAGAUUCGAGGGGUUGGUUUUGAUGCUACAUGUUCACUUGUUGUUGUGGAUAAACAGUUCCAACCUUUGGCAGUCAACUGUGAAGGACAAAACUACAGGAAUAUUAUUAUGUGGAUGGACCAUCGUGCAGUCAGUCAAGUUGAGCGCAUCAAUGCAACGCAACACAGGGUUUUGAGCUAUGUAGGGGGAGUGAUGUCUGUGGAAAUGCAGCCACCUAAAUUGCUGUGGAUAAAGGAAAACUUGCAAGAAUCAUGCUGGGAGAAGGCAGGCUACUUCUUUGAUCUUCCGGAUUUCUUAUCUUGGAAAGCCACAGGUGUCACUGCAAGGUCCCUGUGUACAGUAGUGUGCAAGUGGACGUACACUUCAGAUGGAGGUUGGGAUGACAGUUUCUGGAAAAUGAUUGGUUUGGAAGAUUUGGUGAAGGAUAAGUAUGAAAAAAUAGGAAACCGUGUCUUGUCUCCUGGAGAGCCUGUUGGAAAAGGUCUCAUGCCAGAAGCUGCAAAAGAUCUCGGUCUUCCUGAAGGGAUUGCAGUAGCAGCAUCUCUCAUUGAUGCACAUGCAGGAGGACUAGGAGUAAUUGGAGCAGAUGUGAAAGGACAUAACCUGCCAUGUGAGAACCAGCCAAUUACAUCCCGAGCUGCUAUGAUCUGUGGAACAUCUUCAUGCCACAUGGGGGUCAGUGAAACACCCAUUUUUGUGCCUGGUGUUUGGGGACCUUAUUUCUCUGCAAUGGUACCUGGAUUGUGGUUGAAUGAAGGAGGUCAAAGUGCUACAGGAAAACUGAUAGAGCAUGUGGUCCGAGGCCAUGUCGCCUUCCCGGAAUUACAGUCAAAAGCUGCAGACAGUGCUCACAGUAUAUAUACAUACUUGAACAGUCACCUGGAUCUGAUUAAGAAAUCUUUGCCUGUGGGUUUCCUCACUGUUGAUUUACAUGUUUGGCCAGAUUUCCAUGGUAACAGAUCUCCCUUAACAGAUCUGACACUAAAGGGCAUGGUUGUUGGACUAACAUUGUCUCGGGGUCUGGAUGAACUUGCCCUUAUCUACUUGGCCACGAUUCAAGCCAUUGCUUUAAGAAAAAGACAUAUUUUGGAAACUAUGCAGGCUGCAGGGCAUCAUAUCAACACACUGUUUCUGUGCGGUGGGCUGAGCAAGAACCCUCUCUUCGUGCAGAUGCAUGCUGACAUUACUGGCAAGCCUGUUGUCCUGUCCAGAGAAGUGGAGUCUGUUUUGGUGGGUGCUGCUAUUCUUGGAGCUUGUGCUUCUGGGGAUUUUGCAUCUAUACAGGAGGCCAUGGCGAAAAUGGGGAAAAUCGGGAGAGUUGUGCAGCCCAACCAUGAGCAUAAAAGCUUUUAUGACAAGAAAUACGAAGUAUUUUUGAAACUUGUGGAACAUCAGAGAGAGUAUCGCUCCAUCAUGAACAGCUUCUAAUCCAGGGUCAUGUAAUCUGGGAACAGCAAGGGUAAUGAAUUUCCAGAUACUUGUGGUGAGGGUAAUUUCUUCUUACUGUA